UAAUAAUAAUAAUAAUAUCGUUUAUCGAGCACUUAGUUGCUGCUUUCUCUUGUCGCUACUGCUGAGUUCAAACAGUUCACGGUUCGUCGUUUGCUUUUCGCUCUGCGGGGACCUGGAGAAUAACAUCUAGUCGCGGUCCGCAUCCGACAUCCCGUCACCCACCGACUUACGCGCCGUUUGAUCUCCAUAACGGCCAGUCCUAGUACAACUACAAUGUUGAUGGUCGCUCACACAAACGCAGUUACACACAUCCACAACUGUCAUCUAGGUGUCCCAGCUUGGUGACUGUUUGGUUUUUUGAUGACCCUACUCAGUACUUCGAUUCUUAUAUUAUCUGUAACAUUGGCCAGUAUGAGAAAUKUGAUGAGUUUCAUUCAAGUGAUUGUGUUUAUUCUGCCAUUUGCAUUAUCUGCAAGUCCAAAUUGGAUGUAUUUAGGUAUAAUAGGAAUACCUCCGCCUCUUCAACAACAACAAGCAUCACCAGGCUCAGAGAUUGAGGAUCCAGAAAUAGUUCAAGCCAGAGCUGUUUGUAGUGCUUUACCUGGUUUAGCAUUAAAACAAGUUGAUGUGUGCAUGAAACAUCCAAAUGCUAUAUACUCAGUUUCUGAUGGAGCUAAAAAAGCCAUUGAACAGUGUCAGCUUCAAUUUCGCCAUGAACGAUGGAAUUGUUCAGUUAUGGAAAACGAACAAAGUGUAUUUGGACCUACACUAGACAAAGGUAGUAAAGAGACUGCUUUCAUAUAUGCCAUCACCAGUGCAGGUGUAGUGUAUUCAAUUACAAAUGCAUGCAGUUCUGGUAAAUUAACUGAAUGCAGUUGUGACUCUAUGCAACAUGGCCAAACGACACCAGAAGGAUGGAAAUGGGGAGGUUGCAGUGAUAAUUUACGUUUUGGAUUGCAAUUCUCUCGAAAAUUUGUUGAUGGGUCUGAACCCAAUCGCCCAGAUAAUUUUAAAACUACAAAACAAAAGAGAAUCUGGUCUAAUCGACUCAAAAUGAACUUGCACAACAAUGAAGUAGGCAGACAGAUUGUUAUGUCAUUAAUGAAAAUGCAUUGUCGUUGUCAUGGUGUGUCAGGAUCGUGUGAACUAAAAACCUGUUGGAAAUUUAUGCCAUCAUUCAAUGAAAUUGGGAAUGAACUAAAACAGAAAUAUGGAAAGGCUAUACUUAUAAAUCAUAUAGUGAAUGAUUCACAAAAGAAAAACAGUACAAUGCAUAAGAAGAGAGAGCCUAGAGCUUUAAAGAGACUAAAUAGACGAAUGUUAAUCGAAUCAAAGGAAUUGGUGCAUAUACAAAAGUCUCCAAACUAUUGUAAGCAAGACUUUGAAAACGGAGUACUUGGUACAGAAGGGCGUAGAUGCAAUAUUACAUCAACUGGACCGGAUUCUUGUAAUAAACUGUGUUGUGGUCGUGGUUAUAUCACUAAGGUUGUAAAGGAAGAAGAACACUGCAAUUGCAAAUUUGUAUGGUGCUGUUAUGUUAAAUGCGAUAAAUGCUACAAAAACAUUGAACAAAAAUCUUGUAAAUAAAUACAUAGGAUUUAACGUGUAAUUGGGAUUAAAUUUUUUAUGAUUGCUUCAAAAGAAAUCUUUAGUUUGUUCUUAUGUAUAAAUUGCCAGAUUGAAUUCAAUUAAUAGAAACAAUAUAUACAGUAAAAUUUCCUUAUAACAAAAGAACCUUCAGAAAUCUCCUUUGAACAAUUCAGUAUCCCGUAUAUAUUAUAAUCUCUUUUUAACGGAAAAAUCAUUUAGUACUGAGCGCUUUUGUUAUAUGGGUAUUUUACUUUGUAGCAAAUAAUUUUCAUAUACAUAUCAAAAAUAACAAUAAAAUCAAGCAUAUUCUACAACAUUCAAAUUAUUUAUAUUAUAUUUAUAUGUUUCUGAUCUCCUCAAAGAAACUAUUCACACACGUCUUCCACAAUUGAUCAACUGUCGCUUGCACUCACAUACUCUGUAGUAUUCGAGAUCAUAUUGUGUAGCGUUUAGGGCAUUAUAUAUUUAUAUUUAGUAUUAAAAUGUAACGAUAUAUAAGAAUGUMAUAUUAUUCCUUAACAUAUUAAAUUAUUAUU